CGUCUCUGUCCUGCUCACCGUGUAUCAUGAAUAGCAUCCCUUACAAUCCAUUGAGUUCCUCACCGCGGAUUCAAGUAACCUACACAUGCUAUAUCAGCUGUACAAUGUUGUCGCAAAUGGGAAGGCACACCUGGCAACGGCCACUGGACAACAGGUACGCCGAGAUACGCAACGUAUCGUACCAACAUCGGAGGAGUGGACCAUGACCAACUCAGAAGGAAAGCAUUACGAGGACAUGGACAUCAAGGAAACUUUGAUGUAUAUGUACAAAGAACAGCUCAAGCAAAGCGUCAAGGAAUUCACAACAUACAACACCGACAUGGAAAAGGUGUAUGCCCUAGCACUUGGACAAAUUGAUGAGCAAUGAGGAGUGGGACAAGAUCAACACAUCAAAAUGCCCAGUACAGCUACCAAAGCCACUCCGCGAUGUAUAAAACAAAGAUGCACACACACACACGCGCGCACACACACACACACACACACACACACACACACACACACACACACACACACACACCAAUGUCGUGAGGUCCCUCCGCAAGUUAAUUUGCUCUCGCCAACGAAACAUGGACUGCACUUCCUAUGUCCAGUAGGUUGUACAAUUCAGUGAAGUAUUGGAAACAAUUGUAGGGGAAUAUAUUUGUCCAGCACUUGUAAAGUACGAGCUUGAACUAAAUAACAACAAAUAUAGAUUGAAUGAUGACAAACCGAUCACAUAUCAACAAAACACUCAGCUGACACAUCUAGAUAAGAUGAAGAAACAAAUCAACCACAACGCAAUCCAACAGUUUGUCGCGGCAAUCAUCGAAGGCAGUGAUGAAGAAACCAGCACAUUGAAGGGAACCCUUGCUAACCAGUUCAACCUAGGAAUGAAUCAGUACCUAACAACUACCACAAAGGCACUUGAAAUGCUGAACCACUUCAAAGGAACAAAGAGACCUAAGCCAAAGGCAAACAACCAAGAGACUCAGCGAAAUGAUCAACAUGGAGGCGAGAACACCAAACAAACAGUCAACAAGGAUGACAAGGAGGUUAAGGAGGCAACCACAUUUGUAACCAAGGGCAACAAAACCAUGAAACAAGCGCUAAUGCUAGCUGUUGCAAAUGACAAUGAUUUUGGACAGGAAAUGGAUAACUAUUUCCAGCUGUGUGAAGUGGUCACCGGUAUGACACAUACCGAAGGUACCCCCAACAAUGAGGUUGCCCACUGUCAUUUACAUUACAGCAACGACAAUGAUGAGUUGUCCUCCAGCAUGGACACUGACUACCAGGUAACCGAUAACAAUUAUGAUAGCAUAAACUAUGAUGAUGACAACUUUAGCUAUUGGGCUGCCCGAGAUGCUCUGGACAACAACUUUGGACAGCACGUCACACAAGCCAAGAGCAUAUCUGGUAACAAUAACAGUGUGAGGAGUGAAUCUGAUAGUAGUUUGAACCAAACAACAGCGACCAAAGAUGACCUCACAGGAACCACGAUCAAUGUUGUAGCUACCAAGACUUUACCAGUGCCACCAAUUGGAACCAUAACUUGCCUCCGUAAUGUGCAACACUUAGUCAACGACUUUGAGGCACCAUAAGGUCAGUCGCUAGAUGCGCUAGACCUGGCCCACACCAACAUACAGGCUGUGUGGUAUGGGAUUGUUACUGUGUUCAGAUACAGUCAAAAGGUGCAAAGGUUAUUAGCGCAAUCCAAGACAGGCAGGGUCAAUGAGAACUGGAUCCUUCUGGACAGCAAAUUGUCAUGCAACCUAAUAACAAACCCAAACCUGGUCA